AUGCUGCUCCAUCUCCUCCUCGCGGCUGCCACCGCCGCCGCCGCCACGCCGGCACCAGCACCCGCCGCCACCGUCAACACCACCACCUACACCGGCCUCGCCCGCAACGGCGUCGACGUCUUCCUCGGCAUCCGCUACGGCCAGGACACGAGCGGCGCCCAGCGCUUCCGGCCCCCGCGCGCCUACGCGCCUCCUGCCAACGCCGCCGUCGUCGCCGCGACCGACGGCGGCCCGGCGUGCGCCCAGGCCGACAGCGACGGCGCCGCCAUCUCCGAGGACUGCCUGCGGCUCAACGUCGUGCGGCCCAAGGGCAGCCACCCGGGGAGCCGGCACGCCGUCAUGGUCUUUAUCCACGGCGGCGGCUUCUGGGAGGGCGCCAAGGACGAGGUCCUGUACGAACCCGACGGUGCGGUGCUCGAGUCCGUCAGGAGCGGGCAGCCGAUUGUGCAUGUGGCCAUCAACUACCGUCUCAAUGUCUUUGGCUUCGCCCAGCACCCCGACCUCCUCGCCGAGGGCUCAACCAACAUUGGCCUGCGCGACCAGCGCCUCGCCCUCGAAUGGGUGCGCGCCAACAUUGCCCAGUUUGGCGGCGACCCCUCGCGCGUCACCAUCUACGGGCAGUCGUCCGGCGGCCUGUCCGUCGGCCUGCACCUCCUCGCCCAUGCCCCCUCCUCUCCGCCCCCCUUUCAGCGCGCCAUCAUGCAGAGCACGGCGCUCGAGAAGGGCAUCACCGGCACCUACACCGCCGAGGCCAUGAGCCGCGUCCUCUCCGCCACCAACUGCAGCAGCACCCCCGAGGACCAUCAGGUGGCCUGCCUGCGCGCCCUCCCCAUGGCGGCGCUCGUCGCCGCCGCGGCCGACACGUACAGCGCCGCGCCGGACCACAACAUCGGCGACAUCUGGCUGCCGCAGGUCGACGGCGACUUCCUCCCCGACGCGCCCUCGGCGCUCGUCCGCGGCGGGCGCCUCGCCGGCGGCAACGUGUCGGCCGUCUUUGGCUGGUGCGAGGACGACAUGACCGUCAGCACGCCCGACUGGGUGCGCACCCCGCAGCACACGCGGCGGGUCGUCGGCGACUACCUCCGCGGGCAGGCCGCCUCGGUCGUCGACGGGCUCGUCGCGCUGUACCCCUCGGGCGAGUUCCGCGGCGCCGCCGCCGCCGCCGCUCUCGGGUCCGAGUACUACCGCACGGCGCGCAUCAUCCGCGACCUCCUCAUGGUGUGCCCGCCCGUCAUGUACGCGCGACACCUAGCCGCCGCCGCCACGCACGACAACAGCGUCUUCCUCUACAACUGGAACCAGACCAUGCAUCCCGAGUCCCCGCUGCGCAUCACCCACGCCUCCGAGCUCGCCUACGUCUUUGGCAACCUCUCCCACCCGGACCUCGGCGGCGACGGCACCGACAGGCCCUCGCCGGCCGACGCCCGGCUGCGGGACCGCGCCACGCGGUCGUGGAGCGCCUUUGCCGCCGCCGGCCGGCCGGACCAGGGCCGCGGCGUCUUUGACCUGUGGAAGCCCGCGUUUGCUGCUGGGGGCAAGGACGCCAAGGGAGGAGAGGUGUUUAUUGCGGGCGGUCCGGGGGAGGGCAUGGUGGACUUGGCAGGGUAUGAGAGGUUGGGCGAGCGGUGCGCGUACAUUGAAAAGUACGUCAACAUCGACUAA